UUAAAAUGUUUGGCUUGUGAGGAUGGCUGCUCUAAAAAUAGCUUUAGAGAAGACUUGCAGUCGGGUCCAAUUUCUGGUUCUAGCUGAGUUAGCUUUACAAAACUUUUUUGCCACUGUUGCAAGGCUAUAGAGUGAGGAUAAAUCAAUCCUAAAUCCAGCUUGGACAUUCAUUUUGGACUUGGAUACUUAUUUUGUCCAUGGAUAAAAGAUACUAAUGUCAUGGCUGAAGAUACAGAAACAAAACACGGGGGAAGUAAGAAUGGAAAGAAAGAAGGCCUGUCCGGAAGCUCAUUUUUCACCUGGUUUAUGGUAAUUGCUUUGCUUGGAGUAUGGACAUCAGUAGCAGUUGUUUGGUUCGAACUUAUAGACUAUGAAGAAGUUCUAGCCAAAGCAAAGGACUUCCGUUAUAACUUAUCAGAGGUACUUCAAGGCAAGCUUGGGAUAUAUGAUGCAGAUGGAGAUGGAGAUUUUGAUGUGGAAGAUGCAAAAGUUUUGUUAGGACUUAAAGAAAGAUCUGUCCCAGCACAGCGCACACCAGCAGAAACUGAGGAAUCCAUUCAACCUUCAGAGCAGUCAUUCAUUAAAUCAGAACAUGAGAUUGGUGAACCUAAAGUGGAAGAGGAAAUCCAGUCAGUCCUCCAGGAAGAAUACCAUUCCCAGUUUGGAGAGAGAAAGGAAGAUGUAGAUGAAGGAGUAAAUGAUCAGCAGGAAGACAAGGUUGAAAUAUAUGAGGAAGUUUUUGAAAUUCCUGCAACGGAUGACAUACAUGGAGAAUUAGAGGAUGAAACACUAGAAGUAAUUGAAACAACGGAACCAAUUCAGGAAGACUAUCAAGCAGAUGAACCUGAUGAAAAUCAGGCGGACGAACCUGCAGUACAAGAGCCUGAAACAGUUGAGAUUCCUGUUUCAUAUAAACAUGACCUGGUUCUGGAAAAGGCAACAAAUGAGCCUGAAGUUUCAGAUGACAUUGAAUCAUUUAUAGAAGAGAAUAUUGAAUAUCCCCCAGAAGACGUGAUACAGGAAGACUACAAUGAAGAACAUGAACCAAAACAUGAAGAAGAGACUGAGAUACAGGAUCCAGGUACAGAUGAUAUUGAUACAACAGGAGUGGCUGAUGUGGAAGAUGAAAGGGCCCUUCUGGAACCAAUAAAUGAAGCUACAGAGCCAGGUGAAAUUCCUGAAGAUGUGGAAAUAAAUGAAAAGCCAUUAGAAGUAAAACAUACAGAAGACCAAGUGGUUGCUGAACCUCAUGAAACAGAAAUUCCUGUUCAAGCAGAAGAUUACCUACGUGAUGAUCUAGUAGGGAAAAGGGAAAAAGAAACUGAACAGGAACAGAAAGAGAAAGCUAAGAAGAAGAAACCAAAACUCUUGAACAAGUUUGAUAAAACCAUUAAAGCUGAACUUGAUGCUGCUGAAAAGCUGCGUAAAAAGGGAAAAGUUGAAGAAGCACUGAAGGCAUUUGAAGCCUUAGUGAACAAGUAUCCACAAAGUCCACGAGGAAGAUAUGGCAAAGCACAGUCUGAGGAUGACUUGGCUGAGAAGAUGAGAAGCAAUGAAAUACUGCAAAAAGCCAUCAGUACCUAUGAGGAAGUGGCCAGCCUGCCAAAUGCCCCAACUGAUCUGAUAAAACUGAGUUUGAAACGACAAGCAGACAGGCAGCAAUUUCUUGGUCGCAUGAGAGGAUCUCUCAUUACUCUGCAAAAAUUAGUUGACCUGUUUCCCAAUGAUACUUCAUUAAAGAAUGACCUUGGAGUAGGUUACCUCUUGAUAGGGGAUAACAGCAAUGCGAAGAAAGUUUAUGAGGAGGUUCUGAUUCUGGCUCCAGAUGAUGGCUUUGCUAAAGUACAUUAUGGAUUCAUCCUCAAGGCAGAAAACAAAAUAGCUGAGAGCAUUCCAUAUUUGAAGGAAGGACUAGAAUCUGGUGACCCUGGCACGGAUGAUGGACGCUUUUAUUUUCAUUUGGGUGAUGCCUUACAGAGAGUUGGAAACAAAGAGGCAUACAAAUGGUAUGAGCUUGGAUACCAGAGAGGUCACUUUGCAUCUGUUUGGCAGCGCUCCCUCUACAAUGUGAAGGGACUGAAAGCUCAGCCUUGGUGGACAGCAAAGGAAACUGGUUAUGCUGAAUUGGUGAAAUCCCUAGAAAGAAACUGGAAGCUUAUUCGUGAUGAAGGACUUGCUGUGAUGGAUAAAAGAAAGAGCCUCUUCUUGCCUGAAGAUGAGAACCUACGGGAGAAGGGAGAUUGGAGCCAGUUCACCCUGUGGCAGCAAGGAAGAAAAAAUGAAAAUGCUUGUAAAGGCGUUCCUAAAACUUGUGCUUUAUUGGAAAAAUACCCAGAGUCUACGGGCUGCAGAAGAGGACAGAUCAAGUAUUCCAUCAUGCACCCAGGGACUCAUGUCUGGCCUCACACGGGACCUACUAACUGUAGGUUGAGGAUGCACUUGGGCUUGGUAAUACCAAAAGAAGGCUGCAAAAUUCGAUGUGCUCAGGAAAACAGAACCUGGGAAGAAGGGAAGGUUCUCAUCUUUGAUGACUCUUUUGAACAUGAAGUGUGGCAGGAUGCAGAAGAUUAUCGGCUGAUAUUCAUUGUGGACGUAUGGCACCCUGAGUUAACACCACAACAGAGACGUACCCUUCCUGCCAUUUAAGCAGUGAUUUCUCAUGCAAAAACCACAUCAAGUUUAACCUUUUAGAGUAUAUACAGCAUUAAUUUGCCUGGUACUAAGGCAAAUGUCAUCCUUCUAAUAGUUGAAAGAUAAGAAGCAAUUGCUUCACAAUCAUUGUGGACUCAGCUUUAAAAAAUUCCUAUUUCUAUUUCAUACUGAUGUAGCACUGAUCUGAUCUUUUUGCUUUUAGGCUGCAGGUACAGAAAUACUGAUUCUUGUUAGCCAAAAAGAUUUAGUUCUAGAUUUUCAAAAUGAAGAAUAUGCAGGCACAUGUUCCAUGCCAAAAUUAUGUGUACAGAAACUAUUGCAUGUUCAUGUAUAUGCAGCCAGGCACCUCAUUUGCCAUGUUUAUGCACAAGUAUCUGGACUGUAUAUGUUUUUUACCUGAUAAUUAGGUGCAUAAAUAUGUGCAACUAACCUUGAAAAUCUAUCGUACAGUUUUGAAUAGUAGAUGUUUAAGGUAUAAAGCAACUAGACACAUCUAAAGCUGAUACUAUAUGCAGGUAAUGUGAAUCAAUAGGUUUGUUUUGUAUUUUUCUACAUGAAUAAUUGUAUUUUUCUAGCAUAACUACACACGGAUCACUUGCUUUUAUGAACCACUAUUUUUUUUCAAAAGAACAUGUAUAAUAAGUGCAUCUCCAGCUAUUAGCAGAUGGAGGAAUUUUUUUUGUCCAGACCUUAUUUUUGCUAUGUAUGGCCUUCUUCUGCCUUCUGAAAAUGCUAUUAGUAACUUACAUUAUUUAAUUUUUAGUUAAUAGAGUAUAAGACUGAUAAUUAGAUCAGUUUUGUUUUCUGAAGUGAAAUAGCCUCUCUUCAGUACAGUCCUAGGGUGAUGGGCAUUUGUGACAGUCACCUGUUGACUAAAAUGAGAGUUGUCAGUGCUCAACAGCUUUCAGAGUCAUAUGGAUAUUAACUGUUGUUCUCUGUCACAUGAAAUCCCUCUGCAUCAUGACAACCAUCUUCUGUCCAGGAAGAGCAGGAUGCAGCUCCUUCCAAGGACUCUUUUUGAGAUUGACCUGACUGGCCUUUCUUCCAAAUAAGAACCCAGAUAGAAUGGAAAUAAUGUUCCCUGAAGUAGAAGCAGAAGACCACGCUCUAAUAUAAAUCUCUGAUCCUGUGGGAAUGAAAAGACCAAAAAAAAGUGCAAUUGUUUAAAAAAUGUAUUAACUUAAUUUUCAGUGUACUCUGUAUUUGUUCUGUUUAUUAUGAGGUGAAAAGGCCUUAUUUCCCAAAAGAAUCUUAUGAGGUGUCAUGGUAGGGAACUUACUCUUCUUCUUUGCACUGCCAUACAGGGGAACACAGGGUCCUACACCUGCCAUUAGUAUCUAGGAGUACUGAAAAGGUAAAAUGGAAGAGGAUGAUCAAGAUGAAGAAUUUACUUCAUGAAUUUCAUCAGGAUUUUCUGUCCAGUCAUCUGCAAGUACCAGUAAGCUGUUAAGACUGAUGCAAGGGUGCUUAGAUAGAAUAGCAAGGCAAGGGAGCACUAGGGAUAAUCAUAAGGCAGUACAAAAUGAUGUGCAGAAACAUAGGCAAUGUUAUCCUCUUCCAUUCUUGGCUUGGAAAGUGUUGUUAAUAUGCUAAACUUAUGAAUGUGUUAUGUUACUAAGGUGUCUUACAUUACGGUAUCUAAGAACCACAUGCCUAUAUUUCAUAUGCUAUACAAUAGCCUAAAAUAGCAACAUUUAUAAAAUAACUGUGUAUUUCCAUAAAUUAAGAGCCUUUCAAACUUUCUGUUUUAUUAAAUAGUUAGAUCUUGUCAUGCCAUAAAACAUAAUGAAAAAUGACUUGUGGCAUGAAUUGCAUAACAAUUGUUGGAGGUAUGUACUAUUUCCUUUUGCAUUAGAAAAAUCUGAUUAUCAUGUUCUGAUCCAGAUUCAGUCCUGCCUGGAUAGUUAUGGUCCAAAAAAGCUUUUCUAUGUUCUCUAAAUCAGAGAAGACAAAAAGAAGACAAAACAGUAUAACCCAUAUCUAUAAGGUGUUCACAGUACUUAGGCCAGUCAUCAGUGAAACUUAAUAUAAUUACGUUUGUUUCACAUUUUGAAAUGUAAAAAUGCUUCUUUGAAAGGAUUUGUUAGAAUUAUAUAUAAAAGCAGUUUAGAUAUGAGGUACUCAUUAUCACUGGGCAUAUCAAUAGAAACCAGUCCAUCUAACUAUUUGAAUAUGCUAUAUUUCAUAAUACAGUAAAAGGAUCAAAAAAGACAAAUGAUGAAAAUAAUUUAUAAAGGAGGCAUCCAGAAGUGUUUAUCUUGGAACCAAAUAUGUUUCCUUCAAAGAAUAUUUUUAAUUGACUUUAAAUUACAUUGCAGUUUCCAGAGCUAAGAAUUAAUACCUAUGUUCCAGUGAAGACGUAACAGUUUCUUAAUUUUAAUUUGAGAAAGCCCUUGCCAUCUUUUUCUUUUUUUUUUGAGCUCAGAGUGUUCCAUUACUGUUCAUAUAGUAUUUCUCUUAAUUUUCUCUGGAAGAUGAAACCUUAUCUUUUGAGAUUAUGAUUAACAAAUUGAUUAAAGCCAUCUAGCCAAAACAUGGACACACAGGGGUAUUGCUGCUCAUUAAAUAGUAUAUGGAAGCAUAGCAUGCAUCUAAAACCUGACGGGCUCCUUCAGCCCUGACUCCAUUCCAUGCUUUAGGGGCUUCUGUUUGAUGGGGCUGUUGGAAUAGCUUCAUACAUUAAAAGGCAUGUGCAGGAACCAGUAAAAAUUGUACUGUGAAUAAAUGCUGCACCAUUUUCAGGCUUUCUGGAUUAUAAACAGAUACUUCAGCCUAAUUCAGAGCCUUUCUGAACUGGAAAAGUCUACUGACCUGAAACAAAUGAAUAAAUGAAAAGAUCAAAUGAAAAUGCUUUUAUUCCAAUAACAGAUAUCUUCCUUAAGGCUAGGGACAGAAGUUACACAUAAACCAGUAUAAGUGAUUGAAAACCAUAGAUUCACAGAUAUUAGGGUCGGAAGGGAUCUCAACAGAUCGAGUCCAACUCUGGGCAGGAAAGAGUGCUGGAGUCAGAUGACCCCAGCCAGGUGCUUGUCAGUCUCCUUUUAAAGACCCCCAAGAUAGGGGAGAGCACCACCUCCCUUGGGAUCCCAUUCCAAAUUUUGGCCACCCUUACCGUGAAGAAGUUCUUCCUGAUACCUAACUUAAAUCUGCUCUCUCAAACAGUUUGUUACAGUUUAAACCUGUCACAGAAUAGAAGUUCAGUGCAUAUAAACCUGUUUCAAAAUGGCCAAACCUGGUUUAAAAUAAACCUGGAUCAAUGUAGGAUCAGACUUAACUGAUUUAGGUUAACUGAUCUGAGGAACUACUGUCCCAGAUCCCCUCCCAACUCAAGUUAUGUCCCAGUCCCCCAGCAUCCCAAGAUGCACUGGGGCCCUUCACUAGCCCCUCUUGCAGGGCAGGUGGGCUAACCUUGCCUGUGCUGUCUGGUCCGGCUGAGCUGUGGCCAGCCCCACCACACGGCUGUCACAGAGCUGAGGCAGCAAAGCCUCUGCUCCCCUGACUGCGCCUGUCAGCCCCGCAGGGUAGUGGGAUACGGUGGGGUGGAAAGCAGGGGAACCCCCCUCGAGCCCCGCCCCCAAGCCUGCCCCAGCCCCGCCCCCGAGCCACGGUCUGUGAGAGUUGCCUCCUCCUCCCAGGACAGGCUGACUGAAGUAACUGACCUGCUGUGGGAAGGAGGAAAGGGCCCCCCCCUCUCAGCUGGCCCCCAAAUCCGGUGUCUGUCCACCUGGGGGAAACCCCAGGGGGUUUGCCCUGGUCUGCCCAGCUGCAAGGGCAAUUCCUGCCCCCUCUGUGGCCAGGCUGCCGCGAGUCACUAAUGCACAGUGGGGAGGGAGGAACAAAGCCCCCCAUCUGCAUCUCAGCACCCCCAGCUAGGGUUUUCCCAGCUGGGAUGGGCUGGGCCCCAUGGAGUUCCUCCUCCCUGUCCAUGUGGGCCAGCUUGAUAGAAAGAAAGAUGGGGCCUCACUGCCCAGCACAAGCUUUGUUUGGGUCUUGCUAGCUGCUGCUGGUGCUGGGCUCCAUCAGGAUGCACCAGGUAACUCGGGGGUCUUACACAGGGCAGUGGGAAUGAGUGAACUCCAUAGAAGGAAGGAUUGGGCCCCAUUGCUCAGCGGAAGGACCCUGGGCUGCUUGGCAUAUCCCGAUGAAGCCCCACACCAGCAGCAGACAACAAAACAUGCCAGAAGGGCUAAUGGCUUGUGCCGGGUGGUGGGGCCCAAUCCUUCUUUCUAUGGAGCCAACCCAGCCAGGCAGGAAGGGGGCAAGAAACCCUCCCGAGGCCCAGCCCCUCCAACUGGGAAGACCCCAGUUUGGGGCCUGAAACCAGGGUGGGGGGCUUUGUUUCCCCUUCCCCCCUGCACAUUAGAGAUUCACACUGGCUCAGAUGUGUGGGGGCAAUCACGCCCCCAGCACAGCUCAGGGCUCCCCCAACGUGGUAAGAUGCUGGGCUGGGGGCCAGCCCCAGGAGGGGGGUGCCUUUCCCCCUCUCCCCUGUGCAUCAGGGACUCAUGCCAGCCUUGCCCCGCAGGGUAGAAUUACUCUCUGCGCAGCUGAGCAGACCAGGACUGGAGGUAUCCCACAUGCCUGAGGUGGGGGGGCAGAAGGGGGGGAGCCAGCACCAGGAGGGAGGCUCUUUCCUUCAUGGGGGAAAGCUGGGAGGUACGCCCUAGCACCCCCUGCCUUCUGGUCUGGGUCCAUGCAGGCCUCCGUCUGCAUUUCCCAACUGAAAACUGAAUGUCAGUUCAGUUUGUUAUCUGAUAAAUCUGUGCAGUUUAGAGAAACCUGUGAAAACUGAAUCUAUGAAUUCUGCCUCUGGCUUUUUGACUGUCUGUACUUAGCCUAAGAGAUUAAGUCUUGUCCUUCAGCUUUAGAGGGAGUGUGCCAGAGAAGGGCAGUGUUGUCUAAUGUUUAAACCAUAGUAGAAGUCCUAUUAGUAGAAGCUGGAUUUUUUUUCCUGUUUAUAGCUAUCAUAUAUCCAGGCAAAGAGAAUCCAGAGUGACCACCACAUCCUGUGUAUGUGCCAAAUUAUGUGUGAUAGAUCCUUAACUAGUAUAAAUGCCAUAACCCUGUUGAAGUCACUGGAGGUAAGCUGUGUUACAUUACUUAGAAUUUAAUGGGGGAGGGGGCUAAGGGGAGGAUGGAAACCCCAAAAUAGGAGAGCUCAAUCAUGCAAUGUAUAUUAAUGUGUGGUAUUUGUCCCUACACAUUCCUACAGUAUCACCUUGCAAAGAGUGCUCUAUGCCUAGGAGGAUCACUUACUAUCUUACAGAGCAAGCCCCAGUUGAUGGCAAACUGCUGAUGGAAAAAAAAACACACAAAGGAAUUACAUUCGUUCAGCAAUUAUUCUGUAAUAUAAUUACAGAUUUUGAUAAUAUACCUGGUAGACAUGUAUUCUGGCGAGGUUUGUAAUGGCUAGAGGUAACCCAUUCUUUUGUCAUUCACUAUAGUCUGACUGUGUUCAAUUAUAAACUAUAUCAUCACUUCAGUUUAUGCAUUCAGGGUGGCCUUUCCCAAGGAAUACCAAAAACCAUGUUAUGUUUCACACUGUCAUCUCAUAUUAUGUAUAUCGUUUACACUACUAUCUUUGACAUAUGCACAUGAAGCACUUGUUUUAAAAAAUGUCAGCAAGGGGUGACUGAUUGGAAGGUAAAAGGCACUAUAAAAAAUUGUAAAAAAACUCUAAGGAAAUAAAGUCACUACACAAAUGUUAA